AUGUUAAAGGAUGUGGGAUUGGGAUACUCUAAGCUUACUAGAUUCCACAUUAGAACUGUUGAUGGAUGGAAAGUGUUAGAAAUGGAUCAGCAGACAUUGGACAUGGUUAAUUGGGUUGAUAUGGACAGAGUCACUGAUUGUUCAAAAACAUGUGAUGCUGAGAAUGCAAAUGAAGAAUCUGGAAUUUUGAUGAGAAUGACUCGUACUCAGCAGGGUCGUCCUCUAAGUAUGCAGAGUUUUUAUGAUAGUGAAUACGACAUGAUUGAUGAUCAAUUGUAUGAUAAUUUUGUGGAUCAUUAUGUUGAAUUUGUUGGUGUUAACAAAGGGAAAAUACUUGAGAAAAAGGAAGGGGUUGAUGGUGUUAGAAGCACAAUAAUGGAUGCCAAUAAUAAGUUUUAUGGUGAAGGCUAUGACACAAAUGAGUUAGUCAGUAUUAGUGGAUCAUCAUCAGAUGAUGAGGAAGGAGGAAAUUUCAAGAGACAAAUGGUUAAGUAUUCACACUUCAAUGUUAUGACUGACAUGGUUGAUCCACAACUUAAGUUUAGCCUUUUGUUCAAAUAUGCAUUUGAAUUUAGAGCUGCAGUUAGGCAACAUGAAAUCAAAUAG